CCCAGGUUCUAUGGUACACAGACCGUCUAGUCCCCCCACACCCUCCUCCUCCCUGAGCGGAGCUCCGUACGUCGGUCGGGACUACAGACGCACACACAUACACAGCCAUGGCCGAAAACGCCGGCUUGGAAAACCAUCGCAUUAAGAGCUUCAAAAACAAGGGGCGAGAUGUGGAGACGAUGCGAAGACAUCGUAAUGAAGUGACUGUAGAACUAAGAAAGAACAAAAGAGACGAACAUCUCCUGAAGAAACGAAACGUUCCACAGGAAGAGAGUCUGGAAGACUCGGAUGUUGAUUCAGACUUCAAAGGACAAAAUAUAACGCUAGAUGCCAUCCUUCAGAACGCCACCAGUGACAACGCAGUUGUACAGCUCAGUGCUGUGCAGGCAGCCAGAAAAUUGCUCUCGAGUGAUAGAAAUCCCCCUAUAGAUGACUUGAUAAAAUGUGGAAUCCUUCCGAUCUUAGUCAAAUGCCUGGAGAGGGAUGACAAUCCUUCAUUGCAGUUCGAAGCUGCCUGGGCUCUGACCAACAUUGCAUCAGGGACGUCUGCGCAGACACAAGCUGUGGUCAAAUCUAGCGUAGAUGCUGUCCCGUUGUUUUUGAGACUCCUUCACUCUCCCCAUCAGAAUGUGUGCGAGCAGGCUGUGUGGGCGCUGGGCAACAUCAUCGGUGAUGGGCCUCAGUGUCGAGAUUACGUCAUAUCUCUUGGCGUGGUCAAACCCCUUUUGUCGUUUAUUAACCCCUCCAUCCCCAUAACCUUCUUGAGAAACGUUACCUGGGUCAUCGUCAACCUGUGCCGAAACAAAGACCCGCCUCCACCAAUGGAAACAGUACAAGAGAUUCUUCCUGCCCUUUGUGUACUCAUAUAUCAUACAGAUAUAAAUAUUCUGGUAGACACAGUGUGGGCUCUGUCAUAUCUGACGGACGGAGGAAACGAGCAGAUUCAGAUGGUUAUAGACUCAGGUGUUGUCCCCUUCCUCGUCCCGCUGCUCAGCCACCAAGAGGUCAAAGUUCAGACUGCAGCGCUGAGAGCGGUGGGCAACAUCGUCACAGGGACGGAUGAGCAGACUCAGGUGGUGCUCAACUGUGACGUCCUCUCUCACUUUCCCAACCUGCUCACGCACCCCAAAGAGAAGAUCAACAAGGAGGCCGUGUGGUUCCUGUCCAAUAUAACCGCGGGAAACCAGCAGCAGGUGCAGGCAGUAAUAGACGCCGGUCUCAUACCCAUGAUCAUUCACCAGCUUGCCAAGGGGGAUUUUGGAACACAGAAGGAGGCUGCAUGGGCCAUCAGUAACUUGACAAUAAGUGGAAGGAAGGAUCAGGUGGAGUACUUGGUGCAACAAAACGUGAUCCCACCCUUCUGCAACCUGCUGUCGGUGAAAGACUCUCAGGUGGUCCAGGUGGUUCUCGAUGGACUGAAGAACAUCCUCAUCAUGGCUGGGGAGGAAGCCAGCACGAUUGCAGAGAUCAUUGAAGAGUGUGGAGGAUUGGAAAAAAUCGAGAACCUACAGCAGCAUGAAAAUGAGGACAUCUACAAACUCGCAUUUGAAAUAAUCGAUCAGUACUUUUCAGGAGAUGAUAUCGAUGAGGACCCCAGCCUGAUACCGGAACCCAACCAGGGAGGCACGUUUAACUUCGAUCCAGCCUCUAACCUGCAAACCAAGGAGUUCAAGUUCUAGUCCUCCAGAACGUUGAGCUCAAGAACAUGGUGGGUUUCCCAGCUGCUCCUCGACCCCCGUCACUUACUGACCCAUCAUCAACCAACCACUCACUAACCAGAAAAACCAACCAAUCACCACGCUCCGAAAUACAUUUACACAGAAGAUAAAAAGCACUGAAGGAUCCGAGUUCCCGUCUGAAAUGCCACUCUACAAUGAAUGGAUCUCAGCAACCUCGAAACGAAGAACAAGACUUGUUCAUUGAACUGCAGUUGCCAAAAAAAUGAAUACAAAUAUUUUGCUCUUUCUUUCACUCACUCGCACGCAUAGGUGAGCAUGAAAAGUAAUAGGAACUUCUGUAGUCACACCAGCCAUCAUAUCAGCCAAGGAAGAUGAAAGAAAGAGAUCAUCUUGAAAUUUAAAGGCAGGGAUUUUUCUUUUGUUUUCCAGGAAACUCCUUCCUCUCGACACGUUGUGUUUUGGUGUUCGUAGUUUCAGACAGACACCCAGCUCGAUAUGUCCAGCCUCUACUGUGUUAAGCCAUUCGGUCCCCCCUCCCCUAUUUAUCCGAGGUCUAUGAACUAGCCCAUAGUGGGUUAUUCCAUGGAAAAUUAUUGAAAUGGGGGAAGGGGAUGUCUCUCCAAGUAUGUGGUGUGCAUAAAGGAUUUCAAUUACAGCCACCGAUUCUUGCUUUUCCUCACGAAAUCCUGAAGUUGUCGAUGACUAUUUACGAAACACUGAAGAUAACAAAGACGUCGCAUCACAAACUAUGAAUCUCAUCCGAGACAGUCGAGCACCUUUAUUUACAGAGUUCUGCAGCAAAAGUGUAGUGGACAUUCGUUGCGCUGAUCUUUUCGGUUUGCGAUUUGGAAUAUCAGACAUUUCGGGAGGAACAUGUAUGUUCUCCAUUCAGUUGAAGAAUUUUUCAAUUUGGCCGGGACUUAUAAAGGGCCCUCCCCAACCUUUGGAAGUUCUUAGAGAUAAUCUAACAUUUCUUCUCAUGAAGGGUGCUCUGGCAGCGCUCCAUAUUCUGGAUUCAUCUUCUCGACUUCCUGUCUGUAACUGUAGUAAUAAAUUGAUCGGGAUAACCCACAAUUGUAACCGGUCGGAAGAUAUUUUCACUAAGUCAGUACAUUUCAGCACUCGGUAGUUAAAACAGUGGGAAACUCUGCAACAAUGAUUGGAUUGUGAAUUCUUUUUUUUUGAUCGGUGGAGCUUCCGCUUUUGCAGUUUUUUCAGUCUUACUCGCACAUUUUUGGGUUUCCCGUUUUAUUGCUUAAUGUAUGUGGAGAGCGACGUUCGCUUCAUUUUGACUAUACAAGCAAUGGGAAAAGGAGAACCACGACAUUGAGGUUCCUUUUUUGUUGGAUUUUAAUCUUAUUUCAUUUGCUACAAAACUUAAUUGUACCAACUAAAAAUAAAAGUAUAUUUCUUGUGUAGGUAUAUAAUGAAAAGCUACCACACUUAGAUCCACUAGACAUUGUUGGGACGCUACAGAACAAUAAUACCAUUGUGAUUUACAGCCAAUAGGGGUAAUUUUUUGUUGUUUUUUGUUUUAACCUUAGUUUUGUGAUGGCAUAUGAUUGCCAUUAUUUGGAAAAUGGGCUUUCUUACUGUUGUGACUGGACAAUUAUUAUUUUUUGUUUCUUUUUUCCUGUGCAUUAACUUGUAAAGGGAUGUACGGGAAAAAAUCGCAUUUGGACUAAAGUAGUUGUGCUAGGGCCGCAGACUGCUGAAAAGACAGUAAAGGAAGCUAAAGGCAGCCCUUAUAAAUUAGCCGUUUAUUGUUGAACAAAAUGAGAAAAAAAACAGGUUUGAACUUAUCUAGACAACUAGAAAACGAGCCACUUUAAAGAUGUUUUGUCUUGUAUCGUAAAUUGAUACAAGCUUAUCGCUUGUUGCAAGAUUUUUACUUGCCGAAGAAAAACAAUUAAUCUAAAAAAAAAAAGACAGCGACAGAUCGCAUUUUGGCCUCCAAUUGUUUGUAUGUUUUUAUAAAUUUUAGAACUGAAUUUCUCUUUAAGGUGGCUCAUCAGUAUUUUUUUCAACUCUUGUGCAUAUUAAAGAUAAAGAAUGAGUUGAAAGUCA